AUUGCCAUAGCGUCCCCCCCCACCCCGAGUCUUCGCGGACAUGUCUAACAACACUCUUCUAACAACAACUUUUGGCAACACGAUAUAGCCCGGCAUGCUUGCAUCCAGGAAGCGGCCCACGCCGCUGCUGCUGCUCUUCGUCCUCGUCCUCAUUGGCAUAUGGUACCACAGCAGAGACACUGACCACAUAUACCUGCAAUGGAUGUCCUCGAUUGAGUCGCGGCCUGCAAAGAUACCCUCAAACAGAACAUUAGGCUUCGGCGCCGUCGUCGUCGUCUCCAAGGAAGGCUCCUCGCGCCGCCAGCCGCUCAUCCAGGCGGCCAAUGUCACCGACAUCGACCUCACCAUCCCGCCACAGCCAGAGUGGACCGAGGGCGAUGUCCAACGCUUCAUCAACGGGCAAGAGAAGGUCCAGAAGGGGUCUAUACUAGCGUGGUUAGGGCACCACAACGCCCUCAAGUGGUUUCUCGAUUCUGACCUCGAGACGGCUCUCAUUCUCGAAGACGACGUCGACUGGGACAUUCGUCUGCGCAGCCAACAGAUUCCGCUCGCGGCAAGCGCUGCCCGCCAGCUCCUUCCCCCGCCGCGCUCCCAGCACCCCUACGCCAACGCAGCUAGCAACCAUACCCAGUACUGGGGCGACCAAGAUGCCUGGGACCUACUCUAUCUCGGCCACUGCGGUGAUUACUUCGACGUCGUCACUGAGGACGGACCCAAGACCGACCGCCAAUCCUUUAAUCUGACUGCUAUGCCACACAUCCUAUACCAGGACCCUACCCUCCCCGCAUGGUACAACCUACAUCCCUUCACACAGGCUUUGUUCCGCCUACUGGGCAUGCCUGAAGGGUCACGCGUCAUCCACCGUUCCAAGUUCCCGCUCUGCUCUUUCGGAUACGCCGUCACCCGUCGCACCGCCGAACGCCUCCUCAACGAUCUCGCUCCACCCAAGCUGAAGAAAACUGGACCUCGCGCAUUCGAUGUUGCGCUUCUCCACGCAUGUAACAAGGGAGAGAACACGCCAUCUCCCACACCCGAGUGGCAGAAUGCAAGGAAUCCCCUGACCCGAAGCAAAUACCCGAGCCCCGGACUCCGCUGCUGGACGCUCAACUCUGAACUAUUCCACCACAUGCCAGGUCACAGUGAGAUUGACCUGGUGGGCGAGAAAAGCGGCGAGUCCGAACACGGUAUCCCCCCGGUAGACCUGGCGGCACAAGCUCAGGUCGUCUUUCGAAACGAGACCACAAACAUCGACUGCGGAUUCUGGAGCGGCGCCUUUGCAUUCGACGAAAAGGAUACCGACCGACUCCAUUACCUCCAAGAAAAGGUUGGCAGACAAGGCAUAUGUCUCAAAGAAGACAAGAAAGAAGAGCGCAAAUACCCGGCAAUAGAUUCGAUAUGAGAACACCUCGACGCACCACCACCACAACAUGACCACCUUCCAUGUACAUAUUAGAUUUCACGACGAGCAACUUAUUGGCGAAAUACCCGGCUUGGGUUUACGGGCGUUUCGUAGGAGUAC